UGCGGCUAACGACAAAUCUGACAAGGCAAUCUGACGCAAAUCUGGCCACUCAAUACCAGACCGCAGUUAUUGUGUGAAGUGUACUCGCAUUGUGUGGUUACACACACUAAUUCUUGAGUAGGUGAGACAAUGACGCCACACUUGUAACCCACUUCUAGCCAACAUGACUGUCCACCGCCAAAUUGUACAGCUAAAAAUCAGGAAACGCAAUCAUCAAACGCCAUGACGUCAGGGGAAAAGUUCCACCAAUCCAAUAGUACGUAAGAGUGUGAUCUAGACAUAUAUUCUGCAGUUCAAAGAACCAGAGCACUAGUCACCCGCUUCUUCUCACUGCACGAACUCGUCUGAUGCGGCUGCUUCCAACGAUCAUACUACUUUUCUCGCUGCCAAGCAGCACAUUUCCAAUCCAUCUAGUCGAUAACGGUUACACAGACGUCGUCAUUGCUAUCAACAGAGAAAUAGAAGAAGACGAAUCUCUCAUCGAUUCGAUUAGGAACCUCAUCAGCGAUGCGUCUCCUCAUCUCUACCGCGCCACAAGAAAACGCGCCUACUUCAAGGACGUCACCAUCGUCGUACCGGAAGAGUGGCAAGAUAAACCCGAAUAUCUCCCCGCCACUGCCAGAGAAACAUUUAGCAGUGCAAGAAUUCGGAUUAACCCCCCACUCAUGGUACAUGGCAAUAAGAUCAUCAGUGCGUUUGUGGAGGCGGGGACGAGCAUAUGUGGACAAGAGAGACCGUUCAUGCACAUCACACCGGAACGAAUUACAGACUCAUUCUUGCAAACCUAUAGUCCUCCUCACAAGAUGCUAGUCCACGAAUGGGGCCACCUUCGUUGGGGUCUCUACGACGAAUACUACCAAUCCGCCUUCGGUCCCGAUUUCGACGGCAAGCCUUCACGUUGUGUGCAGAAGAUCGACGCAAUCAUAACACCCGAUGGAAAACGAGAAUAUAACACUCAAGGAAUAUCAGCUUCGAUAAUGUGGAAUCAACGCUAUGAAGAGGUGGUCGACUUCUGUGACGACAGCGACAAUGCAACCGUCAAACACUACCGCGAAUCGAACACGGCUCAAAAUCGCUACUGCGGUAUGAAAUCAGCGUGGGAGGUGAUGCGCGAGACGGAAGACUUUCGUGACGGCAUGAACCCACCACGCGAGAUCACCUCCGUAACACCGCACAUCCGAGUUGUUCGGAAAAAGUCUAGUGCCGUUGCUGUCGUCCUCGUUCUCGAUAUUUCCGAGAGCAUGUGUCGCAAGCAGCGACUCACACUUCUCAAUCAAGCCACUCGCACCUACAUCAACCAGAUCGAGGAAGGCUCACUGGUCGGUAUCGUCUCAUUCAGUGACGUUGCCAUGGUAACCCAAAAUUUAACAAAAAUCACUGAUCAAGCGUCGCGAGAUACGUUCAGUAGCGUAUUGCCUACGAAAGUCGAUUUGAGAGAAGGAACGAGCAUCCGAGCUGCCGUACUGAAAGCACUCGGUGUCCUCACGUAUGCACGAGAUGAACAAAAGCAACUUUUGGUUAUUACCGAUGGAUCCGAGAACGAAGGUCCUUGUAUCACGGACGAAAAAUUUCUGCGACAAGUGCAUCGUUCCGGAGUAAAAAUUGAUACGGUCGGUAUCGGCAAGGCUGCAGAAGAAAAACUCAACUCUCUAGCGGAAGAGACGGGAGGGAUGGCGUUCUUUCAUGAUGAAAAGUCAGACGAACCCUCCGCGCUGCACGAUGCCAUUGGAUCGUUGCUAGAAAAGCAGAGCAGCGAGAAGCACAAAAUGUUUCAAGUGGAACGGCAAAUGAUGACGAUUGAUGGAAGGAAGUCGCAAACGGUAGAAAUUGAUUUUGAUGAUGGAAUCGGUCAGGACACGGUCUUCAAUUUCUUCUGGACGUCGGCCAAGUUUAAGCUCAAACAUCUGAAGGUUACUGUCAAGUCUGCGGACGGAAAGGUUUAUAAAUAUAAACGACAAAACGGAGAUAUCUCUUGUAGUCGUCGAUUCAAAAUGUGUUUUCUGAAAGUGAAGGGAAAAAUUGAGCCUAGCACAUGGACCCUGACCGUACAAAACCGAGGGGGUAAGAGUGUCACCAUCUGCUGGGAAGUCUUCUCUCACAAACCUCCUACAAUUUCCGACAGCGUCACCCUAGACACUCGCAUCUCUCAAUUCGAAGUCACACCUCGACAACCCGUCGUCAUCACAGCCUCCGUUACGAAAGGUACCCACCCCGUCGUCGGCGCCGUCGUGUCGGCCGUCGUCACUCGCCCGUCGAGUCGCGCCGUCACUGUCGUUCUCCACGACGACGGAGCCGAGCCCGACAUGAUGGCAGACGACGGCGUCUAUGCGGGCACAUUCACUCAAUUCUCGGGCCGUGGACGUUACAACGUAAAAGUGAUUGCGAGCCAAACUGACGUCGACAUUAGCGAACCCAUCUCUAGCAACGAUGUCAAAAACAUAUUACAAACGAGGAAUAAUCGAAGGGCGGGUGUUGGGUUUCGCCGCAUUUUUGAUGACUCGCCCGACGACUUUAUUUUUCCGAGAAAAAAUGAGCCGGUGUUUGAUGCUGUAGUGGGUUUGGACAAGUUUACAAGGAUUCAGUCGACUGGAAUGUUCUCUGUGACGAACUACUCGCUGAGUCGUGAAGAUGCUUUUCCUCCGUCUCGGAUUAUAGACUUGAGGAGGGAGCUGACGGUUGAUAAUAAUGUGGCUUUGUUGUGGACGGCACCCGGAGAUGACAUGGAUCAUAAUCAAGCUUCCCGGUACAGUAUUCGUGUCAGUAGCAGCUUUAACGAUCUAGCAGACAACUUCAACAACCAGCGUGAGCUAACGCACAACGACCUUGUCUCACCCGACGCUUCAACCAUGAAACCCAAAAUGGCCGGUCACCCCGAAACAAUCACAUUCUCUCCUCCAAUCGACGCCAAAAUGAUCUUCACAGCAAUCAAGACUCAAGACAAAAGCGGACAAUGGUCCGACCUCUCUAACGUGGUAUACGUCAACAUGAAGCCGUUGACUCCAAAACAAUGCAACUGCCCAGUCAAAUCGACUCUACAAAAUGCAAUUUGUAAUGACGAUUUUGUCGUUGUUGGGACAGUGAAGAACACCAAUCAACGUGACGUCAUUCAGUUACAACAUUCGGAAUUCUUGCACUCGAAUGUCGCGGCGCAGUUGAGGAGAAUUUCGCGCGUUAGAGUUGAUAUCAAUGAAAACAGGUCAGACGGUUGUGUCUGCACGGUGGCGCCUCAAGAGGGUAGGACGUAUGUGAUGAGUGGCAGCAGCGUUCACGGUCACUUGGAGCUAACCGACGAGAGCUACUUGCAACCUGCACCGAUAUCAAUUAGACUGCUAAAAGACACGAUUGCGAAGUUGGUAGACAAUUGUAGUAAUAAUGUAGUAGUAGGAAAUGCUGUGUAACUGUAGAUUUCAUAUUUACUUUAAAAUUUAGUAAUAUUAGUUAGAAAAA